AUGGCGGUUCAGUCCAAGCUGCUGCCCCCCGGCCGGAGCGUCAAGCAGAUCAUCUCGCAGUUGACCUCCCUCUACCUCAAAAACCGCACCAACAUCUCUCGGACCGUCUAUAUCACCUUGGUCGUCGCCCUGAUCCAUCGAAUCCACAAUGCCAUCUCAGAGCAAAAGGCCGCAGCCAGGAGGCAGGCCGAGAUUCAGCGAGAGCGCGCUCGGCACUCGCAGCAGCAGACAACAGAAGAUCCAGAUGCGAAGAAUGAAAAACAACAGGAGGAACACAGAAAGAAAAGAGUUGAGAUCAACCGAGAGUUCUUUCGCAAUCUCCUGCGCCUCCUCAAGAUCGUGAUCCCCGGCUGGAGGAGCAAAGAGCUGAGACUCAUCGUCUCCCACAGCGUCUUUCUCGUCAUCCGCACCCUCCUCUCUCUCUACGUCGCCGAACUCGAUGGCAAAGUCGUGUCGGCCCUCGUCCGCGGCAAAGGUCGAGAGUUUGUCUUGGGUCUUGUUUGGUGGAUGCUGGUGGCCGUGCCCGCAACCUUUACGAAUUCGAUGCUUCAGUACCAUCAGACGCGCCUUGCUCUGGCCUACAGGACACGGCUCACACAAUACAUCCACGAAAAGUAUCUCAAUAACAUGACCUUUUACACCCUCUCGGCCCUGGACGAUCGAAUAAAGAACGCCGACCAACUCAUCACCGUCGACGUCUCUCGCUUUUCCAACUCGCUCGCCGAACUCUACUCGAACCUCGCCAAACCCAUCCUCGACAUGGUAAUUUACAAUUAUUCCCUCUCCAAGUCUGUUGGUGGAGAGGGUCUCUUUGCUAUGGCUCUCCUAGUCCAGAUCUCCGCCAACGUCAUGCGCGCUUUGACACCCCCCUUCGGAAAAUACGUUGCAGAUGAAGCGCGAUUAGAGGGAGAAUUUCGUUUCCAACAUACAAGAUUGAUCGAUUACAGUGAAGAGAUUGCAUUAUAUGCCGGCCACGAGGCUGAAAAGGACGGCCUGGACAAGGGCUAUUUCACACUGAUCAAACAUGUUAAUCGCAUAUUGAGGAGACGGUUUUAUCACGGCUUCAUGGAAGACUUUGUCAUCAAGUACUUCUGGGGUGCCCUUGGCCUCCUCCUGUGCUCGUUACCAGUCUUCUUCAAAAUCCCCGGACAAAACCUCACUCCAGGGGAAUCUAGAGGUGACCACACCGAAUCCUUUGUCACAAACCGGCGCAUGCUCCUGAGCAGUUCCGACGCCUUCGGCCGCAUCAUGUUCUCCUACAAGGAAAUCACGGAGCUGGCAGGCUACACAUCCCGCGUCGCCGGGUUACUCGAUGUCAUGGACGAAGUCUCGGCUGGACGAUUCGAGAAGAAACUGGUCAGCUCGGCCUCGACGGAGGAGAACGCCGCGGUGCUCAGAGGAAGAGGAACGAUCGAAGAGAGUGACAACAUUGAAUUCACCGACGUCCCUAUCGUGAGUCCCAACGGCGAUGUCCUGGUCAAGAAGUUGACCUUCGCAAUCAAACCGGGUGAUCACCUGUUGAUUGUUGGUCCCAACGGGUGCGGAAAAUCGUCACUUUUCAGGAUCCUCGGUGGGCUCUGGCCCGUCUACGGCGGAUCCGUGAAGAAACCCAGGUUCGAAGAUAUCUUCUACAUUCCCCAACGACCGUACCUGAGUCGAGGCACACUGAGAGAUCAAAUAAUUUACCCGGACACGCUGCGAGAAUUCCGAGCCAAGAACGGCUCCGAGGAGCAACUCAAGCAGAUCCUGUCCAUCCUGGAGAUUGAAGCCAUUAUCAACAGACCCAACGGAUGGGACGCCGUUGAGGAGUGGCGCGACGUCUUCUCCGGAGGUUUACAACAACGGAUCGCCAUGGCCCGCCUCUUCUACCACAAGCCCAAAUAUGCCAUCCUGGACGAAUGCACCAGCUCCGUGACGCUGGAGAUGGAAAGGAAAAUGUACGAGACGGCGAAAGGGCUGGGCACGACGCUGAUGACAGUGAGUCACCGACGCAGUCUGUGGAAAUACCACAGUGUCAUCUUGCAAUUUGACGGACAGGGCGGGUACGUGUUUUGUCCGCUAGACGCGGAGAGGAGGAUCAAGCUGGAGGACGAGAAGGAGGAGUUGGAGACGUUGUUGAGAGGCGUGGACGCGUGGGAGGCGCGGCUUAAGGAGUUGGAAGAGGAUUGA